AGGGAAGAGCAAAUCAAAUAAUGGUAGUAGAGAGCAGAUGGAUAUUGAUCAGAGGAAAUAAUUAUGGAGAUCCUCAGCAGGUUACCCGUGCGGUCUAUUCUCCGAUUUAAAUGUGUUUCAAAACCUUGGGGAACAUUGAUCUCCGGACCUUACUUUAAGAUGACGCAUCUCAAUCAUGCCAAGAAUGACCAAAAUUCCAAAAAACUUCUUAUUUCCCAACGUUGCCCUGAAACUAAUAUAUAUUCCAUUUAUUGUCUUCUUUUAUCAUCGCCGGUUCAACCAGUUGAGAAUGUACAAAAGCUUGAUUUCCCUUUAAUCUCUAGACCAUUCAGAUGCGCAAUCCAGGGUUCCUGUGAUGGCUUGGUUAUUAUCUGUGUUAAUGAAAAUAUUGAUGUUGGACGCAACAUACGUUUGCUAUGGAACCCCUCCAUUGGAGAAUCAGUAGUACUUCCCCAUCCAGAGCUUCCAAUGAAUGAAGGAUCUCAUUUGGGAUUUGUUUAUGACUCAACUUUUGGUGACUAUAAGAUCCUUAAAAUUCACACUGGCAUAGAUAGUCCUGUUGAAAUUCUUGCAUUGAAAAGUGGUUCCUGGAGAAUUAUUGAUAAACAUCCUCGUGGCAUUCACAAUGUGAUAUCUAAUACGGAGUCUUUGCCAUUUGUAAACGAGGCAUUUCAUUGGAUCGGUUUUUCAAGAGAAAAGUAUUUUGUGGUUUCAUUCAGUAUUUCAAAUGAAACGUACGGAGAGAUACCCUUGCCAGACCAAAUGUUAUGCUUGAGGCGCAACAUCUAUAUUGGCGUUUCAGUAUUGGAAGGUAUGUUUUGUGUUCAUUCUUCUCCUUAUGAUCAGAGGAACGCCUAUUUUAAAUUAUGGGUAUUGAAAGACUAUGGUGUCAAGGAAUCUUGGAAUGCAUUGUUUAUUCUAGAAGAUCCCUGUCUUGUUGGCACCAUACCAAUUUAUAGGUUUGAGGAUGGUGAAGUGCUAUUUUGGGGCUUGAAUGUUGAUUUUGCUGCGUAUUCUUUUAGGACAUCCACAGGACCAUUUGCAUUAUGGCCUCGAUGUGAUACCGUUCAUACUGGAAUCGCUUUCACGGGAAGCUUGAUCUCUCCAAAAUCACAAAUUUAGUGUUUGCUUAUGUAUGAUUGAGCCGAGGGUCUAUAGUAAACAGAGUCUCUCUACCUCUCAAGGUAGGGUUAAGGUUUGUGUACACUCUACCCUCUCAUAGCAAGUAAGUAAUAUUUUAUCAUCCAAGUCAUGUUUUCCAAGACCGAUUUUAGAAGUUGUUUCUGCUUAACUUUUGUUGGGCAGCAAGGUGAGCCGACCUUUUCUUUAUUUUAAUAAUUGUGCAUAAUCGAAGUUGUAACUUGAUUUAUGUACAAUAUCGACCGAAUACUAUUUUAUAUCAAUGGCAUACUAAAAGAACGUUGUAACAA